AUGCAUGUUGCGAUACCUACAGACCCCCUGAACCCUUGUGAUCUCUGCUACUGUAUCAGAAACCAUACUGCCUGUGUUAUGCAAGAAUGCAGUCUAAAGGUUGAAGGAUGUGAGCCGAUCUAUCUAGAUGGAGUGUGUUGUCCUGUUAAGUACAUUUGUGAGAAUGGACUUGGAUUAGCUGGACCCAUUGAUACUGACGAGAAAGAAGAUGAGAAUUCUGUAACAGUAAGUUCUACUGAACUAGGCUGUUAUUCUAACGGAGACUUCUAUGCUAACGGAGCAGAUAUUGUAACCGAAGACCCCUGCGAGCAUUGUUAUUGUCUGAACGGAGAUAUGGUUUGUGCAGUACAGGAGUGUAUGGGUCCACUAGAGGGAGAAACAGAUAGCUGUGAACCUCUGCCAGCUCCUCCGGGUCAAUGCUGCCCUGCUGAAUACAACUGCCGUCCAACUGAAACUACAUCUGUUGCAUCUGAAACUACUAUUGUUUCUGUGCAAAACAUCACAGAUGGAGGAUCAGGUCUUAAAGAGGAGGAUAGAUCUACAACUGCUGUCGGAGAACUAUCUACUACAGAAGCUACCACUGGAGAAUAUAUAUCUGAGGGGGAAACAGAUGCUACCUCCACUGACGGUCCAGGAGUAACAGCAUCAGAAGUUCUGGAUGAUCAAGAGGUCACAACUGAUGAAAUCCUUGCUGAUGACACUAAUGACUAUACGGAUGAUGUUACUACAGAGGAACCUGCAACAACUACAGUGUAUGCUAUUACUGAUGCUCUGAAUUCUUUUACUUCUACAAUUUCAUCAAUUCUGGGCAUUUCAGAGGCUUCUGACAGCAAGAACCCUGCAGAGGAAACUCAAGAUUCAGAAAUUAACCUAGCUGCUGGAUCAGGAGCACCAAUCAGUGAUAAUACUGAGAUCACCAGCACUGAUAAACCAACUGCUGAAAUUAUAGAUAAAGAAGAUAACCUGGCUAACACCAAACCUCUUGUGAGUCAACAAAUGGUUGAAGACAUUCCUGUGAUUCCUGAACCAAAUGAUGAAACAAAAUUUGAAACAACAAAUGGUUCAGUAUCUGCUGCUGAACCCAUCCAAGAUGAUCUUUUUUCAGAAGAAGGGGAAAAUGUUGAUUUAACUUCCACAACAAGACCUGAAAUUCUAGAGGAUGAUUUUGAUGACACUGUUGACACCACAGAGUCUGCAAUAAUUGAUAAUGAUACAACCACAGAUAUCAGUGAGAACGAAAUUAAUUUAACCUUUACUGUUGGGUCUGAUAUUCAAGAAGAUGGAUUAGAAAACUUACAAACUACCACAGACUCUAUUUCAGAAAUUGUUGCUGAAGAAAUUUUAACCCAAGAUUCGCUUUUUGGAGCCGAUAAUAUGUCAACACAGAAGCCAGAAAUUCAAACAGUUGAAACCAACCAUGAACUCGCAACAGAAAAUGCAGAUAAUUUUGAAAUGGUUUCCACUGAUGAGCCCACAACUGCAACCAAUGACCCAGAGAGUGUUGAGUUUUUCUCUACAACAAAACCUGAAAUUCAAGAAGACGACAUUGAUGAUGAGUAUACAACUGAAACCACAGAUGCUUUAAUUACUGAUGGUAUAAGUAAUAAUUUUACAACUGGAACAAGUGAUGUAUCAUCAACCAUUAACGCUACAGCUGAAGAAAUUUCUACUGAAGAUACUCUCUUUACUGAAGAUGGGGAAGCUGUAGAUUCAACUACUACAACCAAGCCUGAAAUCCAAGAAGAUGAAAUUGAUUUAGAUAUUACUGCAACAGUAACAUCUACUGAAGAUAACACAAAUGCUGAUACUACUUCUACACAGAAGCCUGGAAUUCAAGCGGAAAAUGUUGAGGAGGACUUAACCACUGAGUUCACAGAUUCAGCUUCCACAGAAGAUUCUCUAUUUAGCAUAGGGGAGGAAAAUGUUGAUUCUACUUCUACAACCAAUCCUGAAAUUCAAGAAGAUGACAUUGAUGAAGGCUUUACACCUGAAACAGCAGAUUCAACCACCACUGAAAAUGCACUUAGUGAAGAACUGAACACAGAGGAUGGUCUCUUUGACACAGGGGAUAUAGAUAUUGAAGCUAUUUCUACUACCAAGCCGGAAAUUGGAGAAAGCAACAUUGAUGAUGAGAUUUUAUCUGAAACAGCAGAUUCAGUAACUGAUCAACAAACUACAGAAGAUGCUCUGUUCAACGCAGGAGAUGAAAAUCUUGAUAAUACUUCUACCUCUUCAUCUGAAAUUCAAGAAGAUGACAUCGAUGAAGACUUUACACCUGAAACAACAGAUUCAACAACCAAUGAAAUUGCAGUUAAUGAAAUAACUGCCAAGCCAGAAAUUGGAGAAAGCAACAUUGAUGAUGAGAUUUUAUCUGAAACAGCAGAUUCAGUAACUGUUCAACAAACUACAGAAGAUGCUCUUUUUAACACAGGAGAUGAAAAUCUUGAUUAUACUUCUACCUCUUCAUCUGAAAUUCUAGAAGAUGACAUCAAUGAAGACUUUACACCUGAAACAACAAAUUCAGCAACCAAUGAAAACGAAGUUGAUGAAAUAACUAUCAAGCCAGAAAUUGGAGAAAGCAACAUUGAUGAUGACAUUUUAUCAGAAACAGCAGAUUCAGUAACUGAUCAACAAACAACAGAAGAUGCUCUUUUUAGUACAGGAGAUGAAAAUCUUGAUUUCAUUUCUACCCCUAAACCUGAAGUUCAAGAAGAUGACAUCGAUGAAGAGUCUACAACUAAAACGACAGAUUCUGCAACUACUGAAAAUGUUAAUGAUAAAGACCUAACUACAGAAGAUGCUCUUUUUGAAGCAGGAGAAGAAAACGUUGAUUCUAUGACUACUGCAAAGCCUUCCAUUCAAGAAGAUGGCAUUGAUGAAGAAAAUAAGACUGAUUCAGCUACUUCUGAAAAUACAACCGAUGAAGAUAUAACCACUGAAAAUUCUCUUUUUGGUGCAGAUGAGCCUUCCUCUACUGCAAAGCCCGAAACUCAAGAAGAUGUCAUCGAUGAAGAAUUGACAGCUGAAGCUGAAAACACUACAAAUGAGAUUCUAGCCCCCCAACUUCCUCUUUUGGGAACAACAACAUUAAAUCCAGAUGUUAAUACAGAAAAGGAAGACAGUGAGACAGAAACUCCUGAUAUCGCUUUUGAUGAUACAUAUGAUUAUGGGGAUGAAUAUUUUAAUGGAAAGCCGGUGUAUGAAGAUGAUUCUGAUUCUAGUACAGGUAGCUAUGUUACCUCAGAUGUAACAGAACAAACUACUGAUACCACUGCUUCAGUAUCAGGUAUCCUUUCCAACGAUUCAAAUCUGACAUGCAUAAGUGAAGAAGGUGUAAAAUAUGAGGAGUUGCAAUCAGUUCCAAGUUCUGACCCUUGCAAUCUCUGUCAGUGUACCAGUGGAUUGAUUAUUUGUGCUGUUCAGGAAUGUCUGGUUCAAACAAAUGACAAUUGCAUUGCUUUGCAAAAAGCUGAAAAUGAGUGUUGCACAAAAUAUGAUUGUUCUGGUGAUGUUGCAGCUACCACUGCUUUGGAUACUGGAGAAGGACAAACAACUCCAUCUGGAAUUACAGAGGAAGAUAGCAAAGGUACCUCAGCUGCAGCUACUGGUGUGGAAGAAACAACUGCAUUUGGAAUCACAGGGGAAGAUGCUGAUGCUGCUACUGAUACAGCUAUUGAAGAAGGAGAAGCAACUGAAUCUGGAAUUAUACAGGAAGAUAAUAAAGAUAACACAACUACUGCUUUUGGAGAAGAAGAAUCAACUGAAUCUGGAAUUACCAAGGAAGAUAAUGAAGAUACCUCAGCUACUGCUGAAGGAGAAAUAGAAACAACUGCAACUGGAAUUACAGAGGAAGAUAGUGAAGCUACAACAGCUGCAGCAAACAGUGGGGGUGAAACAACUGCAUCUGGAAUAACAGUGGAAACUGCUGAAACCAUCACAGUUUUAGCAGCUGGAGAAGAAGAAUCAAAUGAAUCUGGAAUUACAGAGGAAGAUGCCCAAGUUACCACUGCCACAGCUGGGGGAGAAGAUGCAACAACUGUGUCUGGAAUAACAAAGGAAGAUGCUGAUCCUUCCACUGCUACAUCUGGGGGAGAACAAGAAAUAACUGAAACUGGAAUUACAGAUGGUACUGCUGAAGUCACUACAGCUACAGUUGACAAGGAAGAAGAAACUACUUCAUCUGGAAUGACACUGGUGGAUGCUGAUGCUACUACUGCUAUAGCUGAUGGAGAAGAAGAACAAACUGAAUCUGAAAAUAUAGAGGAAGAAGCUCAAGCUACCAUCGCUACAUCUGGAGAGGAAGAAGAAGUAACUGAGUCUGGAAUUACAAAUACAUCUUCUGAAGUCACCACAGCUGCAUCUGGCGGAGGAGAAGAAACAACUGCAGCUGGAGUUAUAGAAGAUGCUGAGGCUACUAUUGCAACAAAUGAUGGAGAAAAAGAAACAACUGAAUCCGGCAUAACAGAGAAAGAGGAUGAAUUUUCCUCAGCUACAGCUGAAGGAGAAGAAGAAUCUACUGCAUCUGGAAUUGCAGAGAACAUUGCUGAAGUUUCUACAGCCACAGCUGCUGGAGUAGGAGUAAUAAAUGAAUCUGGAAUUACAGCUGAACCUGCUGAAACCACCACCACUUCUUCUGCUGAAGGAGAAGAACUAGUUGUUUCUGGAUCAACAGAAUAUGAUGCUGGAGCUACUGCUGCUACAUCUGGCAGUGAAGAAGAAACAACAGCAUCUGGAAUUAGUGAGGAAGAUGCUGAACCCACCACUGCUUCAACAGGAGGAAACAAUGAAACAUCCCAAUCAGGAAUUCCCGAUACUGGAGCUGAAGCUACCACAGCUAAGACUGAUCAAGUAAAUGACACAACUGUUCCUGGAAUAACAGAAAAUAAAACUGAAGUCUCUGUCUCUGAAGAAGUUAAAGAAGAAGAAACAACUUCAUCUGGAAUUGCAGAAGUUGAUGACAAUACAACUUCAGGCAAAGAAGAAUUGACAACAGCACUUGAAAACACUGAAGAUAAGGGAGAAGUUACGACUACUUUAUCAACUGGAGAUGAAAACAAUGUUGGAGAAGAAGGAGAUGCAACAGUUGACACACUUGAAGUAAAUUUUGAAAGCACUACUGUCUCCAUGAAUGUUUCAUCAGAUAAUAUAGAAGAACAUGGCCAAGCCCAAGUUGACCCUACCCCUGAUUAUCUCCUUUGUCUAGUUAUGGGAAUGGAUAAAUGUAAAAAUCAAACAAAAGUUCCAGAUUCUGGUUCAGAUAAGGUAGACAUGAUAACUCCUACAGUGGGAAAGCCUUUGGAAACUUUUGAAAUUGUAAAUACUACUCUUGAAAAUGGAACUUGUUUAUACCAGGGGGCUAUUUAUCAAGAUUUUGAUGAUGUACCGUCAACAAACCCAUGUGAUCUUUGCUACUGCAGUUAUGGAGAUGUUAUUUGUGCUGAACGAGUAUGUGAUGUGCCUAAAGAAUAUGAAAACUGCAGCCCGCUUUCGCCUCCUGUCGGAGAAUGCUGUCCUACCAACUUUGAUUGUAAUGAGAUAAUCUUUGGCCCAACAACCACAGGACUACCCAUAGGGCCAAAUGGAGAAAAUGCCCCAAGUAUUACAGCAGUUGGUUCUAUUACUGCUGGAUCCCCUGCCACAGCCCAGUGCAAUUUAAAUGGUACAAUGUACAAUAAUGAGGCUGACAUUGGGCCUCAGGGGUUAUGUGACACUUCAUGCAAAUGUUUGAAUGGAAAGGUUGAGUGUGAAAAGAUGCAGUGUCAUCCUGCUCCAAUUAACAUGAACUGUACGGAGAUAUACCUAGAGAAUGAAUGCUGUCCUACUUUCCAAUGUGUUGGUGAAGAACUUCCUAGACCAGAAGCUGAUUCCCAUCUAGGUGUUACAGUUCCAGGGGUUGACAUUACAUCCACAGUUGAAGGAGAACUAGAGGUUGAUGAUAUUACAGCUGAAAACAUUUUACAAGAAAGUACAACAGGACAGAAUCUAGCAGAGGAAACCUCAUCUGUAUUUGCAGAUCCUACACUUGAUGUAACAACUGUGGAAGAUGUUCAGUAUGACGACACUGAUGAUGACUUUGUAUCCUGUUCCAAAAAUGGGCAGUACUAUGAAAAUCUUCAGGAUGUCCCAGCAGAUGAUAUUUGUCAGCUUUGUCAAUGCUUUGAAGGUGAAAUAAUUUGUGCCAAGAGAGAAUGUACUACACCAGACCAAUUCAAAUUAUGUCUGCCAAUACCUGAAGAAGGCAAAUGUUGUCCUUCAUCUUGGAACUGUAAUGUUACAGUUGAUGCUGAAGCAAUCAAUGUUUCAAAUGCUGAAGUUACAACUGCUUUAGUAGAUCCUGAGGAUAUAGUAACCUCUACUAUUCAUGAAACUGGAUAUAUUUCAACUUCUGCUACAACUGACAUUGAAGAUGCAAGCACAUCUGCUACAGAUGUAACUGGAGAUGUAACUAUUUCUACUACUAGUGUUACAGAAGAUAUUACAACUGCAGAUACCACUGACAUUAAAGAUGUAAUUAACACCGUUGGUAGUAAUAUAGUUAAUAUUACAACUUCUAAUAUCACUGACAUAGAAAACGCAAGUUCUUCUGAAGUUUUUAAUGCUGGUAUUAUUGAAAACACAAGUGCUUCUGCUGUUUUUGACAGUGAAAACUUGACAACUGAAACUGGAGACUUAACUACUGCUGAAUCUGACAACGGGGAUGUAGAUACUGCUGCUGCAACUACUGAGGCUGGGGAUGUAAAUAUUGUUGAUACAACUAGUAAAUUUGAUGUAAACAUUUCUGCUGCUUCUAAUGUAGAAGAAACUACAACUAUUGCUUCAAAUGAAACUGGAGAUGUAACUGAUGCUGCUGAAAAUGAUGAUGUUGAAACCACAACUUCCAGCCAACAGGGAAAUUUUACUACAGAAACCAACACUGAUACAGAUGAAUCAACUACUUCUACAAUUAUUGAAUCUGUUGAUAUAUCUGAUACUUCCUCUUCUGGUGAUAAUGGAUAUGUAUCUACCACUGAAGCUGAAAAUGAAGAUAAUACUACACCUUCUACUUCUGAUGAUAAAAAUACAGUUACUUUCAGCAACACAACUGAUGAAAAUAAUAGCACUACCGAUACAAUUACUGCUUCAACUGAAGCCGAAGAUGAAAGUUCUACUUCUGUCAUUAACACCAUUGUGGAAAUAGUUACUGAAUCCUCUAAUUCAUCACCUGAAAUUGAAGAUUCAACAACUGACAAGAAUGAAGAGGGGAUAUCAUCUGCAACUGCAGAACUUGAAGGUUUAAGUACUGAUGCUACAACUGACAAAGAUGUUCAAUAUGAUGAUACUGAGGAUGAAUAUCAUGUAGAAGGAUCCUGCUCAAAAGAUGGAGGAUUUUAUGAAAACCUCCAGGAUGUGCCUAGUGACGAUGUUUGUGAACUUUGCCAAUGCACUAAUGGUGAAAUCAUUUGCGCCCAAAGAGAAUGUUUAAUUCCAGAUGAGUUCAAGGCAUGCAAACCUGUAAAAGAAGAAAAUCAAUGCUGCCCAUCAUCUUGGGACUGUGAUGUCACAAAUAAAGAGGAAUCUACAACAGAAAGUGAAGUAGGGCUCAGUAGUGUAGAUACUAAUGGUGUAACCUCUGAUAGUUUAGAUUUAGUCACUGAUAGUUCCACUGACAAACAUGAGGCAGAUUUAACUACAUCAGGUGAAAUUGUUGACACAACAACUCUUAAAACCACAGACCUUGGAGAUGAAGUUACCACUGAUGUUGAUAUUACAGGAGAUGUUGCCACUGAUGCUGGUGAUAAAACUACAAUUACAUCUAUUAACACUGAGGCAACAACUGAAAUUGAUAGUGUUACUCUUGCAUCUGUUGACAAACAAGAAGAUAAUGAAUCUACAACAAGUGCCACUGGGGAUGUUUCUCCUACUGAGGCUGAAGAUACUACAACAGCUGAAAUAAAUGAUCUUAAUGAUGUAACAACUGUUGCUACUGCUGAAGUUACAACUGCUGAUAAUGAUAGUUUAGGUGUAACUAAUGAUGCUGUAGCUACAGAUAUCACAACUGGCAUUGUAAACACUGAUGAUGCUGGAGUUGAAACUGUCACUGGAGAAAUUAACACUACAGAAGCUAGUUCCUCCACUGGAGAUGAAACAACUAUUUCUGCAGUGAGCACUGGAGAUGAAACUUUCAUUUCCAAUGCUAAUUCUGUAGAUGUAACAACAAAUGCAGCCAAUGUUGGUGGAGAUACAACUACAGUUGAUACAACUGACAUUGACAAGGAAACUACUGCUUCUAGCAAUGUAGAAGAAACCACGUUGGCAAUUGUUGAUGGGGAAGAUCUGACCACUGAAAAAACUAAUGAUCCAAACAAAUUAACCACUUCUGUUGGGACUGAGACUGAAGAUGCAACUAGCACUAAUACUUUAGAGAUUGAAGAUUCUUCAACUGCUGCUAAUUCUGUGGGUGAAGAUGUUACUACUUCUUCAAGCACAGAUACAGACGAUGUUUCCGCAACUUCUGAUUCUGAUGAAAUCACAACUGAUAUUGUUAGCACUGAUGGCAAAAUUGAAACAACAGUGUCUUCAACUGACAUUGAAGAUCAAACAACAGCAGCUGCUCUUGCCACUUUAGAAGAAAAUGAAUCUAACACAACUGUUGCUGGGGAUGAAACAACAGUUGGCAAUGUAGAAAUAGAAGUUGUAACUACUCAUGCACUUUCUGAAAAUGAAGAUAAAUCUACCACAGUUGAAAACGGAGAAGUAACAACAGUUGUUGCUGCUGAAAUAGAAGAUAUAACUACUGCAGCAACUGUUUUAUCAGAAAAUGAAGUUGAAUCAUCUACAGUUAAUGAUAACGCUACUGGAUAUCCUAUUUCUGAAGUAACCAGCUCAACUGAUUAUAUAACUACAGUUGCAUCAAUUGAAAAUGGAGAUGCUACUGCUGAAGUUACCAGCUCAACUGAUGAUAUAACUACAGUCGCAUUACUUGAAAAUGAAGAUGCUACUUCUGAUGUUACCAGCUCAACUGAUGAUAUAACUACAGUUGCAUCAAUUGAAAAUGGUGAGAAUACUUCUGAAUUUAUUAUCUCAACUGAUGAUAUAACUACCAUUGGAUCAACUCAAAAUGAAGAUGCUACUUCUGAGGUUACCACUGAAGGAGUAACUACAGCUGUAUCAACUGAUAAUGGAGAUGGAGAUUCUACAGUUGUGGAUCUCACAGACACCACUAAGCUACCUAUGAAAGAUUUCUGUCUUCACAAAGGAAUGGUCAUUCUGAAUCUGUCCGAUGUUCCAUCAAAGGAUGCUUGUGAGCUCUGUCAGUGUGUUGAUGGAGCAAUUGUUUGUGCACUUCAGGAGUGCCAAGGUUCUCCAAGCAGUGGCUGUGUUUCCCUUCCCCUUAAUCAAGGAGAAUGUUGUCCCAAAUAUGACUGCACUGUUCCUGAAACAUCAUCUGAGUCUGGACUUAUAAAAACUACCUCCAGUGCUGAAAUUUUAGAAGAUGACUCCGAUGAUUACACCACUGAUGCAGAGAAUGCUGAUGGCACAGAAAAGGAAGAUGAUGAUGAAGGAGCGUUGCCAUCAGUAGUAUCUGCCACCACCUCUGCCAUUCUUCCAGUAGUUACCUCUCCCAAACCUGUUGCAACAACACAACUGACAACACUUUUGACUUCAGCUAUAGCACAAGAAGGAGCUGUAACCACUGUGACUCCUGCGGGUAUACUUCAAAAUGAGGAUGGUACCUUUGGUACAGCUAGUGGAGAUAUCUUAGGAUAUGAAUAUGAUGAUGUUGACUUUGAAAGUCUUGGUCCUGGAGCCUGUCUUUUUGAGAACAAAAUUUAUGUUUCUGCUCAGCAGAUCCCUAGAGAUAAUCCAUGUGAUUUCUGCUUCUGCUUUAGAGGAGAUAUUAUCUGUUUACAGCAGAGCUGCCCACCACCAAUCCCAGGAUGCACUGAAGAAAUCAUUCCUGGAUUCUGCUGCCCCAGAUAUGAAUGCCCUGUAAAAAUGUCCAUCCACAAUGUUACAAGACAUAUACAGCAUGCAGCCGAGGUUCCAAGCCUGGCCUCAUGGUUUGGAUUUGGUGCUAAGGAGAAUCAGGUUGAGGAUGAGGUUUACCAGACCGAGGUUAAAGGUUGUGAAGUCCAAGGAAACUUUUAUGAAGCCGGAGCCUUAGUUGAUGUAUCAUCUGGUCCUUGUCUACAGUGCAGAUGUGAUUUUGAAGAGAAACUGGACUGUGAACCCAUUGAUUGUGAGACACAACCCUUACUGAAGAGAAUGCUUAACAUCAGAUAAAGAAGUUGUCUGCUUCCGUUGAAUCUUGUACCUAAUUUACUGACCUGUGAACAGGUCUAUAGAGAUGGCAUUGCCUCAGUUAACUGUGGAUUCCUGGAGGCAUAUCAUACUUGCUAGCCAUUCACAGUGCCAAACCAGAUACUCUUCCAAGUGACAGGACUUAAACAUAGUAUUCAUUCUGCCCCCGUUCUAGGCAAAUUAACAAUAAUAUUAUCUUAAUAAUCAAACAUUUAGAUGUUAGAAUUUUUUCUGAGCAGUUCAUGUUUUCAAUAUAUUUAGUAUGGUGAUAAAAGAUUUGAAAUGUUUAAGUCGGUCAAUUGGGUUUUGAAAAGGGUUAACGCUUAAAAAUAAUCAAACAUGACUGGUCUGAAUCUGGCGAAAUCUGAUGUGCAUCACACUAAAGAAUAUUCCAUGCUCUUAAUUUUAGAUAGAUUUUUUAAAAUUUGUGGAUAAGCCUUUUUUAAAUAUUACAUCUUUUAAUUUGUUAUUUAUCAAGCUACACGGUAACCCUGCUCAAAAAUGACAAAUAACACCGGUUCCGGUGUAAAUACUGUAAACUGUAAAUAAUCUAAACUGUUGAUCUGUCGUCUUCCUGUAACAUUUCUUCCCAAGAAAAAGACGACCAGCCAGCCUUGUCCAAUGCAAGGAAGCUGUAGUCUCCUUUCAAUCAAUCAACCAAUAAAUGUAAAUACUGUACGUAAAAAUAUUAUCAUUAUUUAGUUAUAAUUUAGAAAAAAG